CUGGGUGUCUAUCCGGCAAGACCUGGAGCUGCAGUGCGGAAAAAAAUGCUACUGUUGGAGGAGAGCGAAAUGCAGGAUCACGAGGAACGUUUGCGGUAGCUUCAUUGAACAUUGUGACGAUAAAUGCAUCAGUUGAAUCAGCAUUACUGUUGGUUGACGACUCGGCAACGGUAAAGUCAAUACAAUGAGUUCGAUUCUACACGGAAAAUUGUUGGAACCAAGUGGCUAAAGGAUAUUCGUUUUCGUUCGAAUUGUGCCGGAGGCAAAGGAGUCUUCUGUGUUUGGAAAGUGCACUGACGUUUUGCGGCCCGGCAAAGUCCCAAAUGAAGGUUACCAAACGAAGACGGAAAGGAAUGCCCACCUAUCUUAGUCUCUGUGCCAGAUAAAUGGCUCGUUUAAGUUGGGAGCUGCCCGCGUUCUGUCAGGCUGGCAGAUGCAGUGCCUAGGGCCAGCUAUCCAGGACCAAGCAAACAUGAAUGGGGCUGGGGAACAGGUUGACAUCCUGCCACCCAAUUGCAUGGUCAAGGACCGAUGGAAAGUGCUGAAGAAAAUUGGAGGGGGAGGUUUUGGAGAGAUCUAUGAAGCCCUUGAUCUGCUGACAAGGGAGAACGUGGCACUGAAGGUGGAGUCAGCCCAGCAGCCUAAACAGGUCCUCAAGAUGGAGGUGGCAGUUCUCAAGAAACUGCAAGGUAAAAAUCAUGUUUGUAAGUUCAUUGGCUGUGGAAGAAAUGAGAAGUUCAACUAUGUGGUAAUGCAACUUCAGGGAAGGAACCUUGCAGAUCUCAGAAGAAGCCAGCCGCGUGGAACCUUCACCAUGAGCACAACCCUGCGAUUAGGAAAACAGAUUCUGGAAUCAAUAGAAGCCAUUCAUUCUGUCGGGUUCCUGCACAGGGACAUCAAGCCAUCCAACUUUGCUAUGGGGAGGCUCCCUUCUACAUACAGGAAAUGCUACAUGUUAGAUUUUGGUCUUGCACGGCAAUAUACCAACACAAAUGGAGAAGUCAGACUGCCUAGGUCUGUUGCAGGUUUUCGGGGAACAGUGCGCUACGCUUCAGUCAAUGCACAUAAGAACAAAGAAAUGGGUCGCCAUGAUGACUUGUGGUCCUUACUCUACAUGUUGGUAGAAUUUGCAGUUGGGCAGCUACCAUGGCGAAAAAUAAAGGAUAAGGAGCAAGUGGGACUGAUCAAAGAGCGAUAUGACCACAGGAUGCUGCUGAAACACAUGCCUUCAGAGUUCCAUAGCUUCCUCGACCAUGUAUUAAGCCUUGAUUACUACACUAAGCCAGACUACCAGCUUCUAAUGUCAGUGUUUGAGAACACCAUGAAGGAGCGAAUUAUAACGGAGAACGAGCCGUUUGACUGGGAGAAAGCAGGGACAGAUGUAUUGCUAUCGACUAGCACGUCUACCCCACCACAGCACAACACAAGGCAGACAGCAGCCAUGGUGGGGGUUGUCAACAUGACCCCGAUCCCCGGAGACCUUCAGAGGGAGAAUACGGACGAUGUUCUUCAGGACGAGCACCUCAGUGACCAAGAGAAUGCCCCGCCAGUCCUGCCCAGCCGGCAUGGGGAGGCAAGCCAGCUGCCAGCAGAAGGAGAGGGCUGGGAAGACACAGACUUUAACCGCAACAAACUCAGGAUCAGCAUCAGUAAGGUGUGUCACCCGGGGUCCUCUCUGGCCUCACAGACGCAGGGUGCCCUGGAGGAGGACCCCAGCCGAGGAGCUGGACCUGUGUCCCCAGUUCGGGGCGCUCCUCCAGAGUCACCCAGCAUGCAGGUGCGCUCCCUCAGAUACCGACGUAUCAACAGCCCCGAGUCCGACCGCCUCUCUGCAGCUGAGGGGAGGGCUGACGUGUACGGCCAGAGGUCCCGCAUGGACAUCCUGGGCUCGCCCUCCAGGCAGGUGUACUCCUCCCAGCCAGCCCAGAUGCUAUCUGUAGACACGGGCCAAGGUGACCGACAAGUCAGCGGCCGGCAGGAGGCGUCUGCCUCCGUGGACCACGAGGCCCACAGCAACGCCUUCAUCAAGUCCGUGCCCCUGGCCGAGGAGGAGGACUUCGACAGCAAGGAGUGGGUGAUCAUCGACAAGGAGACGGAGCUGAAGGACUUCCACCCCGGGGCGGAGCCCACCACCUCGGGCACGACGGACGAGGAGCCGGAGGAGCUGCGGCCGAUCGAGGAGCAGGAGGAGAGGCGGAGGCACGGGGGCGGGGCCGAGGCUGUGGUGCGGCCGAAGACGGCGCGGGGGAUGCUGACGGUGGCGGAGGAGGACACGUCCAGGAGGAGCGCCGGGCGGGGCCAGUCCGCGUCAGACAGCAAACAGGAAGGGCCCCCCGGCAGCCCCGCCCAGUCACCGUGCCACUCACUGCCUUCCACACGCCCAAAGAGGAGGGAGUCAGAGCCGGCUGGCCCACACAGACAGGUUUUGCCAAUCAAACACUUUGAGCAGAAUGGCGUACCUUUGCCGGUGCCUUCUAGUCUGCCGUCAGACUUCAGAACAAAGGACCAGGCUGCUGAAAAGGAUGUGUUUCAAGUUCUUCCCCAGCUGCGGGUGAAACGGGUGGACUUCCUAACUGCUGUGCUAACCAGCGUCCUGCCGCAUUAUCAUGACCUUGCCGCUCGGUCUCUCGAGCACAAGGAUGAAGACAAGGCCGACUUUCCCGAGAGCGAGUCAAGCAGCGAGGCCAGCCAGGAUGGGGCCCCUUCCACCCUCAUGGCAGAUGAACAGAAGGAAUCAAAGGGCCCAGCGUCCACUGUUGAAGCAGACCUGGAGCUAGAGGAGGCCACCAAAACUCUCGUACUGUUUUCUCCUGGGGACAUGAGGAAGUCCAUAGUCACUGGGGACUUGGCCCCUGAAGUAGACCUGGGAAUGAUGGCCACUGUCACCCCCCAGAGUGAGAAGCCUCAGCCUAUGGGAAGCCAGCUGGAUGUUUCCGAGCCUGGGACUCUGUCCUCUGUACUGAAGUCGGAACCAAAGCCCCUGAUUGCUGCCACAUCUGCAUCCUCCCCGUUCACCAAAGUUGAGCGCACUUUUGUCCACAUCGCUGAGACUUCCCACUUAAACGUCAUGUCUUCCAGUGAGCAGCCAGUAAAGCAUUAUGACCAUGAGCUCUUUAGUGCAAUGGAGGAGCCCUUAGCAGAUAGAGAAGUCCCAGAGAGAGAGAUGACAAGGACUAGGGACAUAAGCUACACAGAGAAAGAGAUAGAGAGAAGAAGUUCAGUCCGGGCAGCUGCUCAGUCAGAAACAACUGAUCAAAGCCCUCCAGAAGAACUUCAAAUCCAGAACGGUCUUGAUGUGUCCACUGAAAAUGAAUCUGAGCUCAAACCAGAGGAUGUCCCUACUCUUGUUCCCAUGGAGUCUGAGCACAUCCUGGUAGAGGUAUCUCCUGUAGUUGACCACAGUACCCCACCAGAUGUACUGAAAGAGGAGGUGCUAGUGGUGGAGGGAUCAGCCAAGCCCACAGGCAACCCAGAAUCAAGCAAACCACCGAGGGCAAGACACAAAAGUCGCAUACCAGUUUUGGUCUCUGAAGAAGACACGGGUUCUGAUAAUUCGGCUUCCGUCUCCUCCAAAGAUCGACUCCGUAGACGGCUAAAGCAGCAGGACCUAGCUCGCUUAGUUCUGGACAAGCGCCAGGGACACUUGAUGAGGCUGGCCUCGGGGACCUCGUCGUCCGCCUCUUCAGAGGAAGACAGGCGGAGAACUUCAGAGACUCUGUCAGCUACUGGCUCUGAAGAAGAUACACAUGACUUGGAGGACUCCGUCGGCAGAAAGGUUUGUGGUCCGAAACCAAAAGUCCUAGACAGAGAGCAAGGAGGCAGGCGGUCACAGAGCAGGAUCCCCCGUCCAGUCACGCCCAUUAGGAGGCCCUCGGCCAAUCUGGUGGCUGCCGUUCCUUCUCCUCUCUCCCUCAUGGCAUCCAGUGCUCACAAAUCCACAUCCUCAGUAGUAAACCGGCAUCAACCACAGAAGAACACCGUGAACAUUCAUUACAGCCAGAGAUCAAGGCCAGUGCAGCCACACCCCAGCCCAGCUGCACACUGUGGCAGCCCGCGCAGGCCACUGCGGUGUGUGUUCCGCACUCCCUCGGCUCUGUCCUCGCGCAGUUUGAGCGCCUCCCCUCGCACCUACUCCGCCGCCCGAACAGACAGCCCCUCCCCCCAGCGUCAGCAGCCGUCAGUCACGGAGGUGCGCCGACAGCUGAUAUCCUUCCGGGCCAACAUGGCUCUCCCUCUGAAGCUCAAAGCCCAGGCGGGUAGCCCUGUGGAGGACUGCGUAUCACAGCCAACUGAGAAGCCCGGGCGGAAAAUCAGGCUGCAGCCACAAAUCCCGCCCACCAAGGGGAGACGAGAAGCUGCCGAGGUCAGGGUCACAGCCAGAUAGUAACUCAGACUCUCUAGACAUCAGUGCCCUAUGGUAAAGUCAUGCUUCUCUGUCUACUUAAGAAUAAUAAAUUGCCUCAAGGUAUCAGCCCCAGGCUAAAAAAACUGCUUUCAGUUUCUUUUUCAUCCUACCAUCCUACGCCAGCUUUAAUCCAAGUCCUCAGCUAACUGUUAGCCAGUAAGACCUAAAAAUGUCAUACAGUUUGACACAUUGCUAGUUAGCCACAAAUUAGAA